CUAACCUCCCUGUCCUGCGGUCGUCCACUUCUCUUCCGAUCCGAAGCCAACUCUUGUCAACUCCCAGUAGAAAGCUUCAGCUGCUGCCUGCCCACAGAAAUCCCCCCCAAUUCACCUUCAAAAAAAGGAGCAAGGCUUGCUGUUCCCGAAAUCUCCUUCCCAUCAACGGUGGUGUCGGCCACCUGAGCAGCUCCCCACUGCUCCUCCCAAGCCGCGGCUCCACUCCGCACAGGGCUCGCGACUCUUUUCGCCACCGAAAGGAGGGAGGGCGGCGCGGCGGAGAUGGUGGGGGGUGGUGGCGGUGGCGGCGGCGGGGCGCUGCGGCGGGUGGGCAAGUACGAGGUGGGACGCACCAUCGGGGAAGGCACCUUCGCCAAGGUCAAGUUCGCGCAGAACACCGAGACCGGGGAGAGCGUCGCCAUGAAGGUGCUCGACCGCUCCUCCAUCCUCAAGCACAAGAUGGCCGAACAGAUUAAGAGAGAGAUAUCCAUAAUGAAGCUUGUCAGGCAUCCCAAUGUCGUUAGGCUACACGAGGUUUUGGCAAGCCGGAAGAAGAUAUUUAUCAUUCUGGAGUUCAUCACUGGUGGCGAGCUAUUCGAUAAAAUUAUUCGUCAUGGGAGACUCAAUGAAGCAGAUGCACGCAGAUACUUUCAGCAGCUUAUUGAUGGUGUUGAUUUUUGUCACAAGAAAGGAGUCUACCAUCGAGACUUAAAGCCCGAAAAUCUCCUCCUUGAUUCCCAGGGCAAUCUUAAAAUUUCAGACUUUGGACUGAGUGCAUGGCCUGCUCAGGGAUCUUCUCUUCUACGUACGACCUGUGGGACCCCGAACUAUGUUGCCCCAGAGGUUCUCAGUCAUAAGGGAUAUAAUGGCGCGCUUGCUGAUACAUGGUCAUGUGGAGUUAUUCUAUAUGUAUUGUUAGCAGGUUAUCUUCCAUUUGAUGAAGUGGACUUGACUACCCUUUAUGGAAAGAUUGAGAGUGCAGAAUAUUCAUUCCCAGCCUGGUUUUCAGGUGGUGCAAAAUCACUGAUUCGUAGAAUUCUUGACCCAAAUCCAGAGAAGCGAAUCAGGAUAGAAGAGAUCAGAAACGAUGAAUGGUUUCAGAAGAAUUAUGAACCUAUCAAAGAAAUAGAAAAUGAGGAAGUCAAUCUCGAUGAUGUCAAUGCAGCUUUUGAUGAUCCUGAGGACGAUACUGAGGAUGCUUUUGAAGAUGAAGCAGGUCCUCUGACACUUAAUGCAUUUGACCUAAUCAUUCUUUCGCAAGGAUUGAAUCUUGCAGCGCUCUUUGAUCGCAGACAGGACUAUGACAAGCUUCAAAAUAGAUUCUUAUCACGCAAUCCAGCAAAGGUCAUCUUGUCAAGCAUGGAGGUUGUUGCACAAUCAAUGGGGUUUAAGACACACAUUCGCAAUUAUAAGAUGAGGGUGGAAGGUCUGAGUGCCGAUAAGACUAGUUAUCUCUCAGUUAUGGUUGAAGUUUUUGAAGUUGCUCCAUCAAUCUUCAUGGUAGAACUACAAAGAGCAGCAGGGGAUACUUCAGAGUAUAACACGUUCGUGAAUAACUACUGCAGCAAAUUAGAUGAUAUCAUCUGGAAAUUUCCAACUGAAAAGGGAAAAUCAAGGAUGCCCCGGUUAUCAAAGUCUCAUUCAUAAUCUAGUGUGUGUUAUCAAUUACUAUGGGCUUGAUGAGUGGAUAUUUAUGCGGAUAGUAUAGCAAUUGGAUUCUAAUAUUGUAGGUGUAGCUCUUCGAUUUGUAUAUGUUUGUAUAUCGAGAGUUCCCAUGUACAAAGAGGCCCUUUUAAUUGAGGUUUCCGUCCCUCGAUUUGUGCAAAGUUUUCAUCGAUGUUUUAGAUUAUAUAUCUGUAUAUUUUGUCGAGAACAUCAGUUUCUUAGACACUGCACCGAUGUAUCAUGUGUUUGUGCAGCUGUAUCAAAUGUUGUUUCCUAGUUAUUCUUGUGCAUAGAACGCAAUGUUGAUCCUAAAGUAGCAUGUACCUGUUGCUCAA